AUGACGCGAUUAGGAGCGAUGCGGAUUUCCAGGCGAGCCGCAGUGCUGAUGGUGGGAGGAGCUGCCGUCACUCAAAACCCUUUCUUAUUUCGCACGGCGUUUGCUGAAGCUCCAGCAGAAGAUGAACUUCCCGACAAGAAACCUAUAUACUCUCCCUAUCCUGUAGCGCCCACGACCCCGAAACCAUCUCCCACCUCACCUGGUUCUACACCCAACCCAAAGUCUCCCACACCCACCGACCGCUUAACGGAACAAGUAAAACGGGCUCGACUUUUCAUUUUCGACCAGUCGCUCACUGUCGAGAACGCCACAAACGACUUCCUCACGUGGGCUUUCCGUAAAGAGACAAAUUUCGCCAACACAGUCGCAUCCCUAGCUCCGGCACCAGAAACUGGAGAACAGCUCCUACCCGGUGGUAUAUACGUCCUUGUCGCAACACUUGCCGGUUCAAUAGUAUCGAGAAACCGUGGCAUAUUCCUGAGAGCAGCGACACCCUUGGCCGUCGGAAUAACAGCAGGCUGGUUCUUGAUUCCAGUUACCAUGCGAAACACCUCGGAUCUGAUUUGGGAAUACGAAAAGAAAGUCCCUGUCGUGAGUGAGACGCAUGCGCAGAUCAGUGGCUUCGUGAAGGAGAGUUGGAGACAGGCAAGAACACAUGCUCAAUACGCGGCGAACUGGGCCGACGAUACUACAUACGAAGCACGACAAAAAGUUGAAAAUUUGGUGUCCAAGGGCAAAUAG